GUAGAAGCAGGUUUAGCAGGUUGUUCCUUGCGUGAGUGCUCCCUCCUCUCACAGGGUGACUGCUGAAUCAUUCGGGCUGAUCACUCAACGAAGAUAAUUGUUGCUGGAGCACCUGUUCUCCUAUGAGAGAGCCCAAGAAUAAGGGGCAUACCACAAGGAAGAAAUGGAAAGGCAUUUUAUCAUCACCAUACACCUGCUGCUAUUUGUUCAUACUUUUUAUUUCGUAUCGCUCAAAAAUACAACAGAUUCUCCAGUGCACACUUUUAAUAACGACUGGUUGCGUCAGCAAGAUCUUGUUGCUAACGAGGAAGGAGAAAAUGGGCAGGAAGGUGAUGUGUCUCAUAUGGGAAGAGGCAACAAUUCCAGCAGUGUAGUAUAUGAUGAAGAGAAUGACGUCGAGCAGAAUGAAAUUGAAGCAUCCGACGAUCUGAAUGUUGCCAUAACUACCGAGCCUCCCACAUCCCCAAAUGCCUCAACAGUGCAACCUGAACUGUCAGAUGAUAAAACCAACAUCACAAACACAGAAUCAAAACAAAGUAACGUCAGCAAAACCGAGGGGGGGUUUAUGAAUUCAACCACACCUGCUGCGAUCCCGGAUGUUGAUCUACUCAAUCAAAACGCAACCAUUUCUCCUGAUUUCUCCAAUCACACCGAUGCAAACAACACCACUACCUUGGCACCAGAGAUCCUGGAUUUCAAUGAAAACACAACAGCAAACACAACAACAAUUAAGACAACAACCAUAACAACAUCAGGGAAUGAAACGGUGUCAACCAACGUAACAGAAUCCAAUGAAACCAAUGUGACAACCACGGCAGCAACAGAGAUGAACACAACAUCUGCAACAUCUUCAUCACCAGACCCUUUUCCCCUGGAACCCACCACUGUGACAACCGUUGCUCCUGAAACACCUGAAGGCAACUUGACAGAUAAACAGGCAUCUUCGGGGAGCAGCUCAAACACAGGGUGGCCAUCCGAGACCAGCAGGAACAAACGAAAUGAAGCGUGGGGAGCUAUAUUAGGAACAGCAGUGGUUGUAUCCUUAGUGGGACUGGUGGCAUACAUCAUCCUGAAAAAAAGACACAUCAAAGGUUUCUCACACAGAAAACUGGUUGAGGAGUUCCCCUCUGAACCAGUUCUGAGAUUGGACAACGGUGAACCAUUGGAUCUGAAUUUUGGUGGCUCAGCUUAUUACAACCAGGGACUACAAGGAGACAACAUUCAAAUGGCCAACCUUCCUCGGCGUCAGAUAAAGUAGAAAGACACAUGGAUCUUUCGACAGGGAGUUUGUUGAAUGACAUUGCCAAAAUAAGAUUUCGGGUCAACUGCAUACUUGAUUUGAAGUCUCAAUGAUUUUAAAACUCAAUCAAUGCCAUCUAUUUUUAGACCCUCCUUUACCAUACCACGUGAAAAGGAUUUUAAAUACAUUUAAAUAAGUGCCACUGAUAGAAUUUCUGGAUGAAAAAAAUACCUUGUUUUUAAUUUAAUGCCUGCAACGCAUUCCAAAAUGUUGGGAGGACAUGUUUACCACUGUGUUACAUCUCCGUUCCAACAGCUUAAUAAGCCUUUGGGAACUGAGGACACUGAAGCUUUGUUGGUGGAUUUUUUUCCAUUCUUGCUUGUUGUGCAAUUUAAUCGUCCGGGGUUUUUAGUAUCAUAUUUUCUGUUUCACAAUUUGCCACACAGGACUGGACUGCUUUUCGGCCAGUCUCGCGCUUGCAAUAUCUGAAAAUAAUUUGCCUGGAUAUGUUGCUCCAAAACAUAUCUGUGUAUUCAUUUGGACGUUGAUUGAAAAGGAUUUGCAAAUAUUUGUAAUCUCUUUUUUUGACAUUUUAACAAAUGUUGGGACUUUAUUGAAAUUGGAGUUUAUAAUUGUGCCUGAACAACAUUAAUGUGUUUACAAAAUAAAAUGAGAAGCCAAUACAAACAAUUA